GUAGCUGUGCCGCCAUUGCGCUGAGGGCCUGCAGUAGUGUGGUGUUUGUGUGCGCGCAGAGGAUCCCGGAGCAAGGAAGCGGAGCGAGGAUAAGGCAGUUAAACACAGGAUUAUUAAAGCCCCCGGAGAGAAUCGGACCACCGGGAGCCGUAGGAGCGAUUGGAGCGGGCAGAGAGGGGAUGGAGGCCGGGGACGAGGCGAGCGGCCGCAGCGCAGCUCAGCGCCGGGCGGAGAGCAGGCGGAGGAGGCUGCUGCAGAACUCCGAGCAGAGGAUGAACAGAAUAGUGGGCUUCGGGAAGGGCGACGCGGAUAGCAGCGAAGCCCGACACACGAUGGAGCCUCGCUUCCACCUAGACCUGGACCCAAAUGAUGCCUGGACGCCACCGGUGUCUUCUAAGCGCCUCUCUCCAUACAUCUCUGAGACGGGUGGCAGCAAAAACACAACCCCCAGCAGCACCCCUGAAAGGCGGGGCUCUCCCCUGCCGGACAGCAGAGAGGACCUGGGGGAGGAUGACCUGUCCCGUGGGGUGCGACAGCGGCCACGGGGAGAGCUGUCCAGUGAUGAGCACUCGCGCUCUCCUCGAAGGGGCCUGCAGAAGUACCUGUCCCGCUUUGACGACGCAAUGAAGCUGCGGGGUCAGCUAGCGAACGAGAAGGCGGCACAGGACAGCAGCUCUGACCCGGAGGAGCUUGACCCCUUCCGUCUCUUCCGGCUCACCGGGAGUGUCCUUUUAGCUGUCUUUGUACGCAUCUUCGUCUGCCAGUACUUGUCAAUAUUUGCACCGUUUCUCACUCUGGAGCUGGCCUACAUGGGGUUAUACAAGUACUUUCCAAAGGUGGAGAAAAAGUCAAAGACCACUGUCCUCACUGCUGCCCUCCUGCUGUCCGGCAUUCCGGCUGAGGUCAUUAACCAUUCCAUGGACACUUAUCGGAAAAUGGGCGACGUGUUUGCCGACCUCUGCGUGUAUUUCUUCACCUUUAUCAUGUGUCACGAGCUCAUCCUCUUGUUCGGGUCUGAGUCAUCGUGAUGGGUGGAGCAUCGUUACAGUAUGAAGGGCUGAAUGCUGCCUGACCCUUUUACUUGUGCCGCUUUGUGAGCAGUUUUAGACCUUUCUCCUAAACCAACCCAGCGGCCUCUGAGCUUCAGAGCAGACCAGUGGGAGAAAAUAAUUUAUUCUGAGCUGUAAAAAUCUGUUUAACUUCAGCUGACGACACUAAGCUGGUUACCACACUGGUCAAUAGCCGGUCACCAGCUCUGCUCCUAGAGAGUUCACUCUAACCCCUGAUCCAGUCUGACCCAGACCCACACAGGUCCCCCUGUGUGUACGGGAUCAGGAGCAAAGUUGGUGACUGCUGGUCAGCAGUUUAUGCAACAGACAUCUCAUUCAUAAAGCUUCUUUGAGCAGGAGAGCUGAUCUGGGAUCUGUCCCCCUGCUCAUUUAGGCUAUCUAGGCUGAGACUGAAAUGGAUCCCUAUCUGAGAUUUGUGGCACACUAUUGAGUACUUUAACUAUUUACUUUAAAAAGUGGAACGCUGGUAAGAAUGGCGAAUCAUGCUACUUACAGCAGUCAGAGUCAGAGAGAGCAUAGCUGGUGAUGGUUUCUCUAAGGGUUGGUUGAUGGCAUUUUAUCCUCUCAUCAAUUCCAGUGUGGUAUCCGUGUUAACUGCCUGCAUUGGGGGUAGUGACUGACUUUACAAGUAUCUGAGGAGGCAUGUACUGGUCCUCAUGCUCCUAGUGUUGUGGGCAUAACUAGUGAUGGGGGAGUUCAUAUGAAUGGGAAUUAGAUAAUAGGAAAAUUUGAUAUUUGAAAUGAAAAGUGGAAUUUCAGAGCAACCUGUUUAUUAUUAGUGAACAACAGGGAUCACCACAGCAGCUGUGGCCAACAGUGGCCCCAGAGUAACAAAAAAUAAAACUAUAAACACAACAGCUUCAAAUAUAGUAGCUAGAACUGGCUGGGAUUGCUGCUAACACUGGGAAUGCUAGUAAACCCAGCACAUGCUUGUGAGUACUGCUGAACCCUGUGAAUUUUGCUAAUGUUCAAAAUGCUGCCAAAAUCCCCAAGCACCGAGGAACACUAGUGAACCUGAUAAACUAAGCAAUCACUGGCGAACACUGCUAAUCCUUGUUAACGCUGCAAAUGCUGCAGAACCCUGUGAAUGCUGGUGAAACCAGAAUGUUCUUUCCAACAAAAAUGUACCUGGCAAUUGAUGGUGAACCCACUGUUCGUGGAUGAAUCUGACAAAUGCUAGUGAACCCAACAAACACUAGUAAAUCCUCCUAAUGAUGUGCAGGCUAAUGAUGAAAAUGUGUUAUUGAACUGAACACUUUCUCCUGUAGAGACCAACUCAAAUAAAGAAGUAGGGAUCAAUUUCAGCAAUGGUCACUACCUAGGUAAAACCUUACUUCGAAGUCUGCUUCCACCUUCUUUCUGAGACACACUCCAGCUAAUCGACUGCUCUGGUAGUUCUUGAUUACCUGCCCAAGUGCUGCACAGUGUGGUUUUGGGUAUGGUCGGUGUGAAGAUAUUUCUUUCUUCAAUUCUUUGUGAAUAAGACCUUGAUUUUUUUUUACAUUUUCAAAUGCGUCAUAUACAGCAGCCCAUCUCCUGAAAACAGUUUGAUUUGAAAAAAUAGUUUGUGGUUUCACACAUGAAAUUCCAUUAUCCCACUUAUUUAGUCUCCACCUUUUUAGCUCCGCCUAUUGAACCUAAAGAAUUUUAGCUUCACCAAUUAAAGGUCAAUUUAUACUUCUGCGUCAAGUCUAUGCGUUGUUUAAAGUGUAGCUUGCGUAAGAGCCAGCUGUGCGCGUUUAUACAUAUGUUUGCACGUGACCACAUCUCUGCAUCACUCAGCAGUAUUAACCGUGGAGGCGGGAAUGUUUGGGUGGCUCAGUGGACCAAUUAGAGCUGCUGUUGCCCAUUGCAUGAUGCGCGUAGUUACAUUUAGCCCCACUUAGUCACCCUACAAAUAGAGUGGCCCUACCAAUACAUUUUUCAGCAGUUUUGCCUUGCUCAUUCAGGAACAGCAUGUUUAGCCCCACCCAUUCACUCUACAAGCAUUUUAGCCCUACCAAUUCAGUUUACAUAAGUUUAGCUCCACCCUUUUAGCAUUCAACAGUUAAACUCCACCUAUUGAGCUUACAGCAUUUUAGUUCAAUUCAUUCAUCUUACAGCACCUUGGUCCUGCUCAUUCAGCCAAAAGCAGUGUAGCUCUACCAAUUCAGUCUACAGAAGUUUAGUCCCUCACAUUUAGCCUGAUGCUUUUGAAAAAGACACAACACUGGGCAUUUAAUCAGGAAAGAGUUAUUUACAUUUCUCAGUCUUAAAGACACAGUAACAAAAGCAGCCUGUUCAUAAUUUUUUGAUCAUUUUAUUAAUAAAAUAUGAUUUAUAAACACACAUAUGUUAUGAGUGGGGCUCUGAAGAAAAGGAGGAAAUGAGCUCUUUAAUAAUAAACAGAUUAAUUAAUAAUUAGUCAAGCUGAAUUCAGAAAGCUAAAGAAGGUUCAGUAGACAGGACAGUAACCAGGACAGAAGAUGUCCAGGAAGAGGGUCUGGAAUGCUGUGUGUGUGUGUGUUCUGAAGCUAUGAACUCUUUUGUUGGGUGCGUGUUUGUGAGUGUGUAUGAAGUUCAGGUUGGCCUGUGUUGCAUAAAUGUAACUUCUGCACCGAUUUAAGGUGGAAUAAAAAAAUAUAUAUAUAAAAUGCUUCAUCAUACAUCAACUUUAUAUUCAUCUGCAUAAUCAGAACUCUCCAGUUUAUCGACUGGUUUGGAGUAUGUGUACUGCUGCAAUAUCCUGGCUGUCUCUCUGUCGCCUAUUGUGUAAAUUCUUGUGUGACUUUUAAAAAUUAAUUGAAAUCGAUUCCGUUUUAGAACAUCAGUGUUUUCUGCUCUAAGCGGUUUUAACCUGAUUCUGAUUAUGUUUACAGUGAUUCUGUGAGAUGGUGGUUGUUGUAAUAAUUUGUUAUUUAUGCUGUGGGUUUCUUUUGAUAUGUAAUUAAUCUGUACGAAAUUGUAACCAAUAAAAUGUGAAUAAAUGCUGCAACUUGCUACUGAAAACCUGAAUAUUCUUCUGCUUGUUGUCCAGAAUACAAAAUAUCACUAAAGGUACAAUAAAGGUAAUUUAAUCUCA